CUUCCUGUCCUGUGGUUUGUUGCAGACAGUUGUACAAACAUCAAGUCGGUUGGUCCGCCUGUGACUCACAACACACGACAAUUUCAGCAAGGAGCCUGGAUGAAAGACCCACUAGGCUUCAUGGGAGAUAAGAUAUUUGUUAUGGAGCAUUAUUCUGGAAAAAAAGUUCUUGAAGAAUAUGAAAACAUUUUCAAGUUUAAGGCAGGCAUAGUUCAAAAGAAGCAUACGUUGCCUUAUAAUUAUGACGGAACAGGAGCAGUGGUGUAUGGGCCAUACCUUUACUACAACAGGUGAGGUUUACAUAUGAAUGAUUCUCCCACGUCAUGAUCACGCAGCGGGUUUGGUUUCGCCACGCAAUGCGUCUCCCCAAGAGAAAGGAGCGUUCGAUACGAAGCAAAAGGAGCUGAUGAGUGGGAGAUCAACAAAAGAUCUGUUACUGCAAAUUUCCCUCUGCACCAGAAAAAUGUUCUUUUCCUGGUUGCCACAAUUUUGAGAUCAAGUAAAAAAUAAAAAGCCUCUCUCAGGUCAUCUGACCCAAUUAAACUGAGAAAGAAAACUGACCAUCGGAUCUUCCCUAUAUUGGCACUUGUUUGCCUUCAGAAUGAUAAGUUAGCCACAAAAUCAAGCAGUUUUUAAUGUGAGGGAGAAGAUUUGUUUAUUUUAGACGCCCUUUUAGUCUAUGAAGAUGUAAGAUCGGCUUUAACAGUUCAAGAAAACAAUCUCGUGAUAUUUGAAUGCCUGUUCCUUUGCUUUGUAAAUCAACAGAGAAAAUUCACCCUACAUCAUCAAGUACAAUAUACUGAAAAGUACGCAAGAGGCCCAGAUAAACUUAGGUUCAGCUGGCUUUCAACAGAGGAAGAAUCAUUACCAAUGGGGUGGUAACACUGGAAUGGACUUGGCUGUCGAUGAACAAGGAUUGUGGGCUUUGUGGGCCGAUACUGACAAUUCCUACCGACUUUACGCUUCUAAAAUUGAUGUCCACAGCAAUCUCAUUAUCGACACGCGCGCCUUGACUACAGGUAAGAGCAUGUGCCUGAUUCAUUUACAGUGCAACCUGUCCAACUUUUCAACGGAAACAAAAUCUGGUGCCGAAGAAUGUUCACAUAUUCUUAUUAUUUGUUACUUCUAUUUAAGGAACACUUCUAUUCACGGGAAAGGGACACUUCUUCGGGGUCCCGAAGGGGACACCUUAGGGACGGACCAUUAGAAAAGUUAUGGGGGGGGGUGGGGAAUUUUAGAGCCGCAGGAAUUUUUUUGUUAUCAAAUUCCUUGUAUGAAUUUUUUUAGGCCAUAGCAUGGAUAUUUUUUAGGAUUAAUUGGCGUGCAUGAAUUUUUUUAAUGUAAUUUUCCCUUGCGCGAAUAUUUUUUUUGUACUUCGCCCCCCCCCCCCCCAAAGUGUACAAUUUCUGUUAUGAUUUUAAUCAAUGCACUGCAGUGUUGGAAUUAAACACACCACAACGCAGAGAUAAGUUAAUCAUAAUUUUUUUAUAUUAAUAUUAUCUAGCUGCAUGAAGUAAUGACUGCAGAAGAUUCGGAGGCAGAAUAAAAGGAUUUAUUUGUUGGCUAAUUAUUAACAACCCCGAGUCCAACCUCCCUUUCGUCCUUCGGGGAACACUUGUCUUGGUCUCGAGAGUGUCCCCUGAAUAGAAGUUCCACUGUAUGCAACUAAGAGAUCCGGCAGCACACGGGCUUCCUACUUCCCUAGCUCCUAUUUACUAAUUUUCGUGGAAUUUAAAAACAGAGAAUAGUGAAAAACAGCUCUCACCAAAAUUUAAAGGCGCUGUGUCAUUGCUCUCAAGUUCAUUUUAUUAAUAACGCCGAUUACACGUCCUUUUUUGCUACGAAAAUUGCGAAAUUACCUGUAGAUUACAAAAUCACUGCUUCGUUGUCUAAUAAACAUGUCUCCCAAGUAUUAUUUCAGAACGUUACCGAAAAACAAAACAAACUGUGAAAAAUUUUAGGCUAACAAGUUUUUGUCUAUUCUUGCCUCCUUUUGUGCUUACCGUGUUAUUUAUAUCUUCUUUUCAGCUUGUUAACAGUCAUUUUUAUGUUUCAAUCAAUUUGAUGGCAGUUUCCACUGUUUGAAUUUUGAAAAAUUUCGUGACGCAGCUCCUGUUUAAAAACACAAAAAUCAAUUCUUUACUGCUUUUUGGACAGAGAACAGCAUUUCCUUUCUUCCUUCUCAGUUCUAUUUCUAGUUUUCAAUUUCUGUUUUACUUUGUUAAAUAUAGAAAGAAUGAGCCACAUGGGGAAUGCUUUUGUCGCCUGCGGCGUGGUCUACUGUAUAGACGCCUAUAAUUCCCGGUCCACAACCAUCAACUUUGCUUACGACUUCAAAACUGGGCGUACAUGGAACCCCAACAUUCAGUUCACCAAUCAGUACGGCUAUAACUCCAUGGUGGACUACAACCCCAGUGAAAGAGUGCUGUACGCCUGGGACAACAAGCGUUUGGUCACUUAUCCGAUCACGUUUGAACCACAAAAGUAA